AGUUCUGACUGAUAUUCCUCAAUCAAGAGAUCGUCAUUGCGUUUAGCGCAUACGCGCCUUAGUAAAUCCCUAAACGAGAAAAGACGACCGCAUCGUAACGAAACGCGAUCGAACAAAAAAUCUUCAAUUCGAAUUUUGUUGUUCAAAAAUUAAUAAAAAAGAAACAAGUGAAUAAAAAUCAGCAUUUUUAAAAUCGUGAUAUAUAAUUGAUCGACGAAUUUUAAUUCUAUAAAAAAAUAAAUUAAAGCUGCUUAACUCAAAGUUAGAGCUUUAUUUCAAACUGUAACAAUCAUAACGGAGCGUGUUCAAACAAGAACCGAUCAAUUUUGUAUUGCAAAACAUUUUUUUUGAAGAAAAUCAAAAACGUUGACAAAAUGUCUGGAGCAUUUUUCUUCGAACACAUCGUCGAAGCUGUUCUCAAUUUGGAAGAACAAGCCAAAGCAAAAAAGGCUGAAACCCAAUCAUCGAAAUCCGCAUCAGUAAAGAAUCAAAAGAAAAAAUAAAUUGCACGCGCAUUAUAAUUUUUAAAUACAAAUUUGGCGGUGUGUGAAUGCAGUUUUUUUGCAAAGUUCAACAGUCGAACAAAGCAAAAAAGGCUUAUCCACAUCCGUGUAUAUAUGAACAAUUUAAAUAUCUGAUUCACAAACAAAACAAAGACACACUACUCUGUGCGAAAUUAAACAAAACAAAUAAAACUUGAACAUAGUAUAGUGAAAAGUGUACGCGAGUUAAACGAAAAAAAAAGCAUUUCGAACAAAAACUAACGUAAUUAAGUUAUUUAUUUAAAACAAAUCGAAGGAGUGAUAGAAAACAAUGAUGUUUUCAAAGUAUAUUUCAAAAAUCACCAACACCAUUGGUACGGUCAACUACUUGCAACAAAAAUCGAGAAAGCCACACUUUUCACAGUCGCGGCGAGCAUCAAAACAUAAUUCACAAUUGUUAUACGACGAUGGUUAUGAUGUCGUUGACGUGGAUCCAGAUACAAUCAAUCGAAUGGAUAUUGAUUUAUCGGUCAAUGGUAGCCGCAAAGGUUCUUUGAUCGAUGACUUUGUACCGAAUUCACAAAUCAUUUUAUCAGCCGCUAUUGCCAGACUAAGAGCUACUCUUUUUUGCUAUCCAUGGUUUCAUGGAAACCUAUCGGGCAAAGAAGCUGAAAAAUUGAUUUUGGAACGUGGAAAAAACGGAUCAUUUCUAGUACGUGAAUCGCAAAGUAAACCAGGCGAUUUUGUGCUUUCAGUUCGAACCGACGAUAAGGUAACGCAUGUCAUGAUUCGGUGGCAAGAUAACAAAUAUGAUGUUGGCGGUGGUGAAAAAUUCCCAACGCUAUGUGAACUAAUUGAGCAUUAUAAACGAAAUCCAAUGGUCGAAACUUGUGGUACAGUGGUUCAUUUGCGUCAGCCAUUUAAUGCAACACGCAUCACAGCGGCUGGUAUUAAUGCACGUGUCGAACAAUUGCAAAAGGAAAACGGACAACAUUGUUAUGGAAAGGGAGGCUUCUGGGAGGAAUUCGAAUCACUUCAACAGCAAGAAUGUAGACAUACAUUUUCACGGAGAGAAGGACAUCGAAUUGAAAAUCGUAACAAAAAUCGAUAUAAAAAUAUUUUACCAUUCGAUCAUACGCGUGUGAAAUUACUCGACGUUGAUACAACGCAACUCGGUGCUGAAUACAUUAAUGCCAAUUACAUACGACAACCAUCCGAAACUGAACAAUGUGAUAUGAACUCAUCGUCAACGGAAAAUUUGAGUUUGUCAUUGUGUGCGGCUUGUACAUUUGCACAACAACAAAAGAAUUGCCAAAACUGUCAACUACUGAAUAAAACAUGUGUUCAAUGCGCCAUGAAAUCGGCUGUAAUUCCAUUGAAUGGAAAUUGCUCCAAUUGUGGAAAGAAAUCUGAAGGAAAACAUAAACGCAGUGAAUCGAUAACAUCACGUGGUUCAACCAUAACACUGAAAAAAGAUGAGAAAGAAUCGUGUAAAACAUAUAUUGCGACCCAGGGUUGUUUACCAAAUACGAUAAUCGACUUCUGGAACAUGAUAUGGCAAGAGAACACUCGUGUUAUUGUGAUGACUACCAAAGAAUUAGAGCGUGGCAAAACGAAGUGCGCAAGAUAUUGGCCAGAUCAGGGACAAACAAAAGAAUGGGGACAUGCCAAAGUUACCUGCUUAACGGAAAGUUCAACCAAUGACUAUACGUUGCGUGAAUUUUUAUUUUCGUGGAAAAAUAAGGAUGAACGUCACAUAUACCAAUAUCAUUUUCAAGUUUGGCCCGAUCAUGGUGUUCCGGCGGAUCCUGGAUGUGUUUUGAACUUUUUGCACGAUGUGAAUGCUCGGCAAGAACAAAUUAGAUCCGAUAACAUUAAUCCGGGUGCGGGUCCGAUUGUUGUUCACUGUUCAGCCGGAAUAGGCCGUACGGGAACGUUCAUUGUCAUUGAUAUGAUUUUGGAUACAAUCGAUCGUAAUGGUCUUGAUACAGAAAUCGAUAUUCAACGUACUAUUCAAAUGGUCCGUUCUCAACGAUCGGGAAUGGUUCAAACCGAAGCCCAAUACAAAUUCGUUUACUAUGCCGUACAACAUUACAUCCAAACACUAUUCCACAGAAUGAGGGCUGAAAGAGAGAGCCUUCAAGUUGGCCGUGAAUAUUCAAAUAUUAAAUAUUCCGGUGAUCUUAACGAACUACAGCGAUCACCGCUGCCGGCUUCAAUGUCAAAUUUGUGUAUAAACAAAAACGAUACUAUCAAUCAGAAAAAAACGAGAUCAACAUCCGAGGCGCAAAUAACUCCACUGCGACUAAAUGACGUCACCACCUCGACGGUAUAUGAGAACAUUCCCAAAGUAACAAGACCACCACCAACUCCACCGAGAAAAUCAUGACACAUAAUGGAUUUCUAAGCACUUCUCAAUUAUUAUUUUUAUUAUUAUAAUGAUUAUUAUUAUACUGUUGUGUUACUGCUUUUUUAUGUAUAGAUUAUAAAAUUUUGUUGUAAAUGUGAUGAUGAUAAUGAUGUUAAAAACGAUAAAUUGGGCAUUUGAUGUUUUCAUUUUUGUUAUUGAAAUAGGAAAAAAGGCAGAAAACCAAAAUGAUAUAUAUACAUAUUUAAUUGUCUUAACUGACAUAAUAGCUUAAGCAAAUAUACUAUAUAAAAUAUUUCGUCGUUGAAAUAGUGAUUAAAUAGUCGAGUUUAAAAUUCAAAUUUCAAUAACAACUCAUUUCAAAUAGGCCUGAUUCCUGUUUAAAGUGCAAUCAUGUAUAACCAAAAAAAAAACAAUGUCAAAAGAAUCGAAAAUCAAUGGCCUACUAUAUGUAUGAAUAUUAUCGUGAAAAUAAGUUGAAUAAAAACUUAAAUAGUGUUUUCUUUUUUUAA